UGAGCCUGGGAGGCAGAGGUUGCAGUGAGCCAAGAUCGCACCUGGGUGACAGAGUGAGAUGCUGUCUCGGAAAAAUAAACCAUCCCAAAAGGGAUCCAAAGCUGAAAGGGUCGAACAGAAUGUUGUUCCAAGAGACGUGGAGGACCUUUGAGAGGAAAAAGCCCAGACCCGGCUCAGCUCGCAGACUCCACCUAGCAGCAGAGGCCGAUGUGAGGAACGGGCACCCUGCCAAGCUGAGCCUUACAGGCAGGGAGGGGCCAGAAAGCCUGUUGUCCACCGGGGAGACAAACUGAAACCAGACAAUAGACCAAGCUGUGACCAUGCAGACCUGGACGUCCAGCCACCCAUGUAUGCCCAGGGCUGCCAGCUGUCGUCCGGGGGCCCAGCGCCAUCCCUCCAGUGGCUGUGCCCUGUCAGCUGAUGUGCCCGCCCAGGUGAGGGCUUCCUCUCUGUUCAGACCCCCAUCUCCUCACACAGGUCCCAAGGCUGCUUGUUCUUUGAGGACCCAGAGAGUCAAACACCCUCCGGCCCCAUCCCAAGAGAGUCAGGGGAGCCCCCAACCCGGUCUGUCUGCAGAAAACCAAGACGCCUGCACUCCCUUCUUCUCCAGCCGCUUUACUGAGAUAGAAUUCACUGGCGAAAAUGCUCGGGUCAUCAGUUCUAGUGUAUCCUCAGAGUUGUGCAGCCACCGCACGUCUUCAGAUGUUUAUCCCGAGGAGGGAAGCCCCAGCCCCGACGGCGUGACUCCCUUGGCCCCCUGGAGCCCCUGGCAGCCCUGCUCCCCUUGCCGUCUCUAGGGAUCUGUCUUUUCUGACAUGUCAGAUGGGGUGGGGUGACCUCGGGGUAUAUGGAGAGCCCUCCAGAGAGACCCCGAAUUUGGACCGGAUGGCUACAGAAGGCACGAUUUUCCCAAACUUCUAUUCUGCCAACCCCCUGUGCUCGCCAUCCAGGGCGGCGCUGCUCACGGGACGGCUGCCCAUUCGCAACGGCUUCUACACCACCAACGCCCAUGCCAGAAACGCCUACACGCCGCAGGAGAUUGUGGGCGGUAUCCCAGACUCGGAGCAGCUCCUGCCAGAGCUGCUGAAGGAGGCCGGCUAUGUCACCAAGAUCAUCGGCAAGUGGCAUCUGGGUCACAGGCCCCAGUUCCACCCACUGAAGCAUGGAUUUGAUGAGUGGUUCGGAUCCCCCAACUGUCACUUUGGACCUUAUGACAACAAGGCCAGGCCCAACAUCCCUGUGUACAGAGACUGGGAGAUGGUUGGCAGAUAUUAUGAAGAAUUUCCUAUUAAUCUGAAGACCGGGGAAGCCAACCUUACCCAGAUCUACCUGCAGGAAGCCCUAGACUUCAUUAAGAGACAGGCACGGCGCCGCCCCUUCUUCCUCUACUGGGCUGUGGACGCCACGCACGCGCCCGUCUACGCCUCCAAACCCUUCCUGGGCACCAGUCGGAGAGGGCGGUACGGAGACGCUGUCCGGGAGAUUGAUGACAGCAUUGGGAAGAUGCUUCAGCUCCUCCAGGACCUGCGCGUCGCGGACAACACCUUCGUCUUCUUCACGUCGGACAAUGGCGCCGCCCUCAUUUCUGCUCCUGAGCAAGGUGGCAGCAACGGCCCCUUUCUGUGUGGGAAGCAGACCACGUUUGAAGGAGGGAUGAGGGAGCCUGCCCUUGCGUGGUGGCCGGGACACAUCGCCGCAGGCCAGGUGAGCCACCAGCUAGGCAGCAUCAUGGACCUGUUCACCACCAGCCUGGCCCUCGCAGGCCUGACACCGCCCAGCGACAGGGCCAUUGACGGCCUCAACCUCCUCCCCGCCCUCCUGCAGGGCCAGCUGAUGGACAGGCCUGUCUUCUACUACCGCGGUGACACGCUGAUGGCAGCCACCCUCGGGCAGCACAAGGCUCACUUCUGGACCUGGACCAACUCCUGGGAGAACUUCAGGCAGGGCAUGGAUUUCUGCCCUGGGCAGAAUGUUUCGGGGGUCACGACUCACACCCUGGAAGACCACACAAAGCUGCCCCUGAUAUUCCACCUGGGACGGGACCCCGGGGAGAAGUUCCCCCUCAGCUUUGCCAGCACUGAGUACCAGGAGGCCCUCAGCGGGAUCGCCCAGGUUGUCCAGCAGCACCAGGAGGACUUGGUCCCUGGACAGCCCCAGCUCAACGUGUGCAACUGGGCAGUUAUGCUCAGCGAAGGAGGGUCCCAGCAGACACAGGCCCGAUGGCUCCUUCACACAGGACAUGUGCAGCCCUCUCUCCAGUCAACAAAGACACAACACACAGGUCUGUGGUGUCGCUCCCGGGUGCCCAGAGCCCAAGUGCAGUGGAGAUGGCCGGCCCAGCCUCCAGCCCCCGGGCCCGGGCUCCCUUGCUCCACAUGGGCUGGGUGUGGCUGCCCACAGCCCCUGGAUCCUCCGAGGGAAACCAUAGGACAUCAGGAAGGGAACCCUUUGGCAGUUCAGCCUGGGCUCCUGCUGCGUGGGGAAAAGACCCUGCUGAUGCCCCGUUCCAGGGCCAGACCCAGCUACAGCAUGGGAGCCACCAGGUGCCCACCAGGCCGUGGGAAGGGAGGUGGAGGCUCUGAACAGUUGGGAGCCACACUGCGGGCCUCUGGUGAAUGCAGAGGACAGCGCCAGGCAUCAGGGGCACCUCCCAGCAGUGAGGACCACAGAGGGAAAAUGGCCUUGCCCUUGCCCAGGGACGGUCCACCCUGCAGGAUCAUUCAGGACUGGGCAGGGCAGGGGGUGCCUGGCAAGUUUCACCAUAGGAAGACAUUAAGGCUCUUCCUUCAAAGAGACCUGGGCAGCUGGCGUCCCCACCUCUGGACUCAGCGGUGGAGCCGGGAGGUUCCCGUCUCUGGACCACCUAGUCUUAGGCCCCAGGAGCCUGGGGCCACCAGCCGUGGAGGAGCCCUGGCCUUCUGCCCUCCAUGCCUGAUCCCGGUCUGUGCUGCUGGGUCCUGUUCCCAGCCCAGGCUUCAGUGGCUUCACGGCCUCGGGCCACACCAGUCACAGAGACAAUGGGCACAGGGCAGGGGAGGCCUGUGGCACACGGCCCGGCUGCUUCUGCCACCUACUGGCAUUGGGGGAACUGCCGCCAUCGCCGCACCUCUGCCCUCUGCACGGGGAAAAGUGGUGCCAACUCAGACCUGGCGAGCUGAGCCACUGGGGUCUGAGGGACCGAGACCCCACCAUGAGCACAGCCACAGGGAGCCGCACAGACGCACCUGCGUGUGAAGCCCAGGGCCACUCGCCCUCCUUAACCCUCCCUGCCCUCUGUUCUCCAA